UUUGUAUAUAUGUUCAUACAUAUGUACUCAUACAAAUCUUGAUUUUUAAUAAUAUUCAAUUUAUAAUUUGCGCAACGAUGAUAACGAUUCUCAGUUGAUCUUGCCAACUAAGAGGAAUAAUACCUAUUGAUUUGAAAAAUGCUUAAAUAUUCGUAUGUUUUGCUACUAGUUCUCGUGGGGGCUGUAGCCGCUAAUGAGCAAGAUGUCCAGGCAGAGUUAAAAUCGAAUUACCGCGAAAUUGAUGCUCAAGGACAUUUCAACUAUGGAUAUGAGGCAACCAAUGGAGUGGAAGCUAAAGUACAGGGCGAUGUUAAUGGAAUUCAUGGUGAAUAUUUUCUUCCCGGUGAAAAUGGUGAGAAGGUACGGGUAACUUAUACAGCCGAUUCAACUGGUUUUCAUCCAAACGUUGAGAAGAGCCCUUGAAAGUAGAUUUCGAAUAGAUUCUAUUUCAAAACAUAAAUGUAUUCUAUAAAUUUUUUAUAUACACAUUUAUCUAAUAUAACUUGAUUACAAUUAAA